CAGUCACUGACAGAACUGACUCCACCUCAGACGGAAGUGUUUCUUCUAUCUGUGCUUCAUGAGGUUGGAGGGUUAAAUGUUGGAACGGGUCCAACCGGAAACGUGUCACAGCUGAGGGGGCCGUGGCUCAGGUAGGUGGAGGAGAACAAAAAACACACGGAAGUAAAGAAAACCUGCACGAGAGAAGCUUCAGAAACAAGCCGAGAGAUCGAGAUUUGAUGCAACUGGAAGAACAACAAUAAGAAUCUGACGAUGGGUCUGUGUGACGGCCUCUCCCACUGUAAACUGGCUCUGGCCUUCGCUGUGUUGAUGGAUUUACUGGGAGGAGCCGCUCUGCUGGUGGGAGUCUUCGCCCCCCUGGAGAUCAAAGGACGGGACUUUGGAGACUUACUGGUUUAUACUGGAGCUCUGUUCGUGCUGAUGUCUCUGGCCGGUUGGGUGUUGUGGUACAGCGGAAACAUCGACGGUCUGACGUCCAGGAAGGAUCUCGGACACAUCGGCAGUGCCGUCGACCGGCUGGCUCGCAACCUCAGCCGCAAGAUCCGCACGUACAGGAGCAACCGCUGAGCCCCUGAACAGGAAGUCUGAACACAUUUCAGAUUAAAAGUCUGCUGUUUGUCAGUAUUAAUAUGAGAUACAGACACAAACGUGUUACAAGCAUAUAAGAAACAUUUCAUAUAUUUUUAUAGAUGUGAAACUGCUGUUCUGUUACAUAGUCGUGAUAUUGAUGUUUUAUUAUGAUUAGUAUUUUUUUUAUAGUGUUCAGGUGGUCUCCUCUUUGGAUUUCAAUAAAUUCAUUUUUUAUACAUUAUAAA